CUUCGCUGGAAAACUCAGGAGAGCCUCAAAGUUGGGAUGGAUUUGGGAUGAUGACAUAAAAUAUCCCUCCUGCUGCUCCAUCGGUGGGGAUCUCGGCCGCCGCAUGAGCAGGUGCUGGCCGGGCCAUGGCCUGGCCACCAAGGCUGCUCCUGCUCCUGCUGCUCCUGCUGCCCGGCCGCGCUCCGGCCGCGCGGAGCCGCGACUUCACCGCCAAGGACAUCGUCUACCUCCACCCCUCCACCACGCCAUAUCCUCAUGGAUUUAAGUGUUUCACCUGCGAAAAGGCCUCGGAUAAUUACGAGUGCAACCGCUGGGCUCCGGAUGUUUACUGCCCCCGAGGGACAAGGUACUGCUUCAGCCAGCACAUGAUGAGGGCCAGCGGGGAGAGCGUGUCUGUCACCAAGCGCUGCGUGGCCCUGGAGGAGUGUCUGAGCACGGGCUGCACCUACAUCAGGCACGAGGAGUACAAGGUGUGCACGUCGUGCUGCGAGGGCAGCAUCUGUAACCUGCCGCUGCCGCGGAACGCCUCGGACGCCGUGUUCGCCACGCUGUCCCCGCUCAGCGCCACCGCGGGCCCGGCCCCGCUCGGCCCCGCCGCGCUCGGGCUGGCGCUGCUGGCACAGCGCUGGCUCACGGACAGCGACAGAGACAACGAGAGCUUCAGCGACAGAGACCGGACAGUGACCACGACAGGGGCAGAGACCGCGACAGUGACCACGACAAGGACAGCGAGAGUGACAGAGACAGCGACAGAGACCGGACAGCGAGAGAGACGGCAGCAGCAAAAGGACAGCGACAGGGAUCGGGACAGGGACCGCGACAGUGACAGAGACAGAGACCAGACAGUGACAGCGACAGGGACAGAGACAGCGAGAGCGACGGGACAGUGGCGGUGA